UCUACACUGAGGACAGCACACGAUGAUCAGAGCAGAGAGCAGGCGGACGGCCAGAGAGACGGUCUACCUGGACAUGGAUCACCUGGUGCUGCUGCUGCUGCUGUGGAGCUCAGUAAACCUCCUAAACUUCUCUUUAUGAUCCACAACAUGCAACAAUCUGCUGACUCCUGAAAUAAGAUCCACUCUUUCCAGACUCGUACCUGAACACAUGUUGACCAGAUUAUUAUUCAUCCAUGGUUCUGACGAAAUGGCUCAACUGUUCCUGUUACACUGCAACCAGCUGAAGGAGAAGGAAAUAAUUUGACAUUCACACCCAAGUAGCUUCUGUCCCUCUGUGUGUGACGGAGUUGCGGUUUGCAUGUAGUUCACUACUGUAAACGGCUUAUCACUCACACCAACAUCUCUCACACACACAUCCUCAGGGCUGUCAUUUUAAACUCAUUUAUGAAUACAGCGAGGUCAAAUUAAAGAUACUGAUUUAUUCUUUUUAUAAUAAGGAUAAAAUCGCAUUCAAAGUCCAACAACAUUUAAGAAAAGAAGAAAUAAACAAAACGAAUAAAUGAGGGGAUAUUCUUAGUAAAAACUCUACAUUUUUGAAAGUUAAAGUUGCAAAAAUUACAGGAACAGAAACUCAGAUAUUCUUUGAGAUUAAAAUGGAAACGUGCAAGAUAAAACUCACAAGUUUACAAGAAAGAAACAAGGAUCUGCUCUGAGAUUAUUAAGUCAUACAUUUGUGAGAAAUAUGUCUGUUAGUUGGAGGAUGCAUUGCACACAGACGCUGAAACUUUGUUUGUUAAAUCCGUAAAUCCAGCAGAUCCUUCGUAACAAUUAAAAUCUGCAAGCGCCACAUACAGGCUUACCUGCAGCUGCACUGCAGGCAAGUAGUUAAAUACUUGUUGGUCUCUAAAUCGUUCGGCAUGUAGAUAGAACACGUCUCUUUGUCCGGUUUCUUAGCCUGCUUGCUUUUCCUGGUUGUAAAUAUAACUAACUAGCUGAUUCCAUUUCCACCCAGUGUAGCAGCGAUCCACAGGAGGGGAAGGGGAGCUAACAGCUAGCACCUCCAGGCACUGUGAAUGAUCCGUGACUUUUUCUUUCCCCUGACUGCCGGGGCAGCCUCUCUGUGUUCAACCUCCUGAUUUAUACAUUGUAGUAAUAAUAAUCUUUAUUUAUAGUGCACUUUACCGUGUUACAAAAAGCUUUCACAAGUGCAAAGAUACACAUAAAACAGAUAACCAGAUACAUGUUGGAAGCAAAUUUUCUUCACCGAUGCAACGGCAGUGAAGCGGUAACGUUAUCAGAGAAGACUGAAGUUGAGGAGCGAUGCCAACAGCGUGGCUGAAACGGUGAGUUGUGUGAAUCCUAAAUUUUUAAAUUUUGGCAGGUUUGAAUCCAGCCUUGGGCCAUUCUGUGUGGAGUUUGCAUGUUCUUUCUUAGAUUAUGAGUGUUUCAGUGUAUAAUGUGAUAUUUUUAAAUGUGUACUGAGUUUUUGUAGAUGUGAAAUUCCUUUUACAAAGGGAGCACUCAUGGCCUUGGCCAAGCAAGAGGCAAAUAAGUAACAAGAGCAGCACAGUCAUAGGUCAUAGCUACUCUGCUGAUGACAACUUAAAUACUGUUUUGCUUCAUUUUCACUAAUGAGCCUAAGGCACACCUGUGCAAUCCCCAUGCUGUCUGAUCAGCGUCUUGAUAUGCCACACCUGUGCGGUGGAUGGAUUAUCUCGGCAAAGGAGAAGUGCUCACUAACAGAUUCUGACAGAUAUGUGAACAAUAUUUGAGAGAAACAGGCCUUUUGUGUGCAUAGAGAAAGUCUUAGAUCUUUGAGUUCAGCUCAUGAUGAAUGGGGACAAAAACAAAAACGGUUGCCUUUAUAAAAUUAGAAAUUAGAAAACACAUAAUACAUGCAAAUUAUUAUAAUUAACACAUCUCAGACUGAACAUUAGCAGAGACAGAGCAUUGUAAGCUUUGUACAGGUCGAACGUAUGGCAGGGCUGGUGGUUUUUUCGUUUAGGCUGUUGUUAUAAUUACAUUUUCUUUUUUACAGAAAGGAAGGACCUGAGUCUGUGGAGGCCAGCCAUUAUUAAACAUCUGUACUGGAUUGCAGCUUCCACUCUAAUGGAGAUGUGAUGGUGAACCACGUUCAGAACAUCCAAGAACACGGCACGGUGGAACCAGCAUCAGCCCUCAUGGAGUUCACUGCACCUGCUCCGCUUUGCAGAUCAGCCAGAAGAUCAUGGAUGGAUGAGGCAGUCUGCCUUCAUCGGUUAACGGUUAAACACAGGACAUAAAUGUGAAACCAGCACAGAAGUCUUGAUUUGUGUUUUUCAGGUUAAGAUCUUUAUAAAUCAAGGCAAAGCCCGAUCAGUCCAACAAUUCAUAUUAUCCUCGGCCAAAGACAUACUCAGUCACAUUCGUCUAUUUGUGAGAUAUCUCAAAAAUUUAGAUGAAAUCUGGGAAAUAUGUCUCAGCCAACACUUGAGGUAUAGCUUUUUUUUUUUGUUCUCAACAUUGCAAGAUAGUAUUUUGAAAAUUGUCACUGUGGAAAAAAAUGGUCUGUUUGUAUUUUCAAGUGGAGCCAGUAGAUGUUAAUUAAAAAAUCUUGAUUGUACAGCUUUGGUUUGCUCUCGAGUGUUUUCUGGGCCAAAUGGGCCAAUUAGUAUUUUUUUCAUUUUGACCAUUCACAUUUGGUACAUCCAGAUACAUAUUUUAAAAAGUUUUAAUCUUGGCGUUUUGGUGUUUUACAUUUGUAAUUAAUGUGUCUAAUUGUCUUAGAUGGUGGUUCAUACAUUUUAGAAUACAUUAAUAGUGUAAGACAUGUUUAACAGUUAAUGCAGUCUGCAUCUGUUCAACAUAUACAUUAUAGCAACUACAUAAAAUGUAAUUCAUUUUAGUGAUUGUCAACCAAAUGAGGCCGUAUAAACGUGUAAAUACGCCAUUCUUCUGGACCCAAAACAUGAGGGUAAUGACUUCCUAAUAUGCCUUCCUAGGUCCAGCAAACAAGCUGUAUAGCGGUACGGCCUGGGGAUUAGGACAUAAUAUCUAGAGCUAAACCUGAUGAAAUCAUUAUCAACAGUGGUGAUGUAAAUAUGAACAUAUGUUCUGUUUCUUGUAAUACAGAAAUAACUUGUGCAGCUCUCACUGCAUGAAUCCACAUACUGAUUUCCAUCCUGAUGAAGUGAAGCAGAGCUUUUCCUUUAACUCUAUAUGAACCAGUCUGCUGGCUGCUGUUCUGUGUAUUCACAUGUUCAUCUCACCUACAGUAAACUGGUAAAAUGACUCCAGAGGGAGUUCACUGAGAUGUUUCUGAGCUGAUGGAAAGUUCUUUACAAAAGUGUUUUUUUUCUGUCCACGGCUGUGCUGCAAUCACAGGACUCCAGGCUGACGGACAACACACCUCAACAGAGGCUGAUGAUGUCAGGUUGGUGGGAGGAGCCAGUCGCUGUGCAGGAACACUGGAGCUGAAAUAUCAGGGAGACUGGAGACCAAUGAGAUACUAUAACUGGACCCUGAAGGCAGCAGCUGUUGUCUGUAGAGAGCUGCACUGUGGCUCUCCUGUUUCUGUAGGAGAGAGAGAGGAUUCCUCAGACAGACCUGUGUGGUGGAUCAGGUCUGUCUGUGUUCAGUCUGGAUCUGCUCUGAGGAAGUGUGUAACAUCAUAUUACUCUUCCUCUAUUCUGGAUCUCACCUGCUCAGGUCCAACAGGUCUUCUCAUCAUAUUGGUCGUCCGGCCGCUGACUCUGCUGUUGCUGUUGGUGUUGGUGAACGCUGCCCUUUAUUUCUACUAUAAGGCCAGCAGGGGGCAGAAGCCGGGCAGGCAGGAGGACAUUGAGCUGGAUUAUUAUAACCUGGGUGUUUGUGCAGCUGAAGGAGGGCCGACUGAAGAGGAAGGAGCUCAGGGAGCAGAGUAGGACCUCCAAGGAUCAUCUCAGCUGCCUCACAACCCACCAUCAGCUCAGUCCAGGAUUUUACACUUUUAUACUGAUGUUCCCUUUAAACAAUCCAGCUGGAAUUAUUAGAUUACAUUAGAAACAUUUUAUUACUCUCAACAUGAAAAGAGCAAAACCAACAGCGUGUCAGUCUUUUCAGACUUCCUGUCUGUGGCUCUCAGCUCCAAGCCCAUUGAUUUCUGUCUGAAGACGUCAAGCUUUAAAAAGUCCUCACAAAUAUAGUUUCAUAUUAAAACUAAGUAUCAGGGUCCAAACACCCGGCACAGUUCAGAACCAGAGCCACGCCGACCCAGGAGGAUCUGGAAGUCCUUCUGGCACGAUGUUGAGUCCUGUUAUAUAUUAAAUUAAAAUAGAAGUGAAGCGUCGGCACAGAUCCUCUGAAUCUGGUUUCUCAACACUUGAUGUGUAAAUCACAUUUGGUGACACGUGAACAACUGAAUCCUGAGACCAGAGAAGAAACGUGUCACAGAGCCUCCUGCUGCUGGAUCUGUAGGUCUGGAGGCAUCGAGGGCUGGAGACACUAAUUUGGUUCAGUUUGGCAAAAACACCUUUUUGUAGUUAAUUUUGUGUAUUCAUAAUAAUUUUGCUUAAAGUUUUUAGCGUUAAGCCAAAGGAAACCCCGCUCUCUCUCGGGUCAACACCCAAAGACCUUCGCGCAUUAUGAUUCAGAUUACAGUCAGGAUGGAGGGAGACACCUGAUAACAAGCUAGUCUCAAUACGAGGUUCUGGCUGGCCUCAAUUAUCAAAUGUCCAACUCCAGGUUCAAAAUGUUUCCUAGUCAGCUCACCACUCCUCCUCAGCAGCUUCAGGGCUUCGUGCAUCAGAACAUAAUGAACAAUAAGUUCCUUAAAACCAGAUUUCUGGUUGUCAGUAAUGAGGUGUGCGGGUGUAGGCAGUGUGGAUGAACCUUACCUGGCAGCAGGAGGGGGAAGAGGGGAAAAAUAAUCUUUAAGAUUCUCUACUCAAAGUGUCUUUUUAUUAAAAUACAAAUCAGCAAAAAGGUUCUACAAAAGAAAAGAACAGAGCAACACAUUGUGGAAUGGAGUCCCCUCUUUCUUUUUCUUUCCUUUCCACCCUCAAAAUGCCAAAAACUGCAACUAAUAUUUAGUUUUUUUAACAGUUUUAUAUUUGUGGAUACAGAACAUUUUGUAAUGAAGGAAAUAUUCUUUUAGCUAUUAGCUUAUUUUAUAAUCACGUUGAAUCCUUUAGUAAUUAAGGAAGUUGCUUAUUUCAUAUGAAUUUCUCUUUGCUUUAUACGUCACAUAUUUUUUACGCAUUUGCUGUGAAAUAUCCUCAUAACUAACCCAAUAAUCUGAAUAGAUAUAUGAAGCUUUCAGAGUUCAUAAAGAUGAAGAAAUGAAUAAAAAUGAGACUAGCCUAUCUAGUGCCUACCCCCCCGAGUUGAGUGAUGUGUUCAGUUUCCUUGUCUGUUACCACUUCCUGUUUUUUUUCAGUUACUCAUCUUGUGUCUCGUUUCAGGUCUUCGUCUGCCUUCCUUCCAUGUGUGAUUAACUGUCCCCACCCUAAUGUGCUGCACCUGUGUCUCAUUGUCUCCCCUCCCUUUGUAUAUAUAAACCCACCUUCCCUUGAGGUUUUUGCCAGACUGUCUUGUUUCCGUGACAGUAUUCCAGCCUGAUUCCUUGUGUGAUUCCAGUCUAGUCAGUGAGUUUGACCGUAGCUCUGUUUUUUGACCCCGACUCUCACCUUGUGUUCUGGAUACCUUUACCUGGACUUUUGUAUCAUCCUGCAAUAAAGUUAUUGCUCAUCUUA